CUCUCUUUCUCUCUCUCUGUCUCUCGCCAUCCAUCAUCCAUCCACAUGCGUCUUUUGGAUAUCUACCUCUCCUAGAGCGCGUCAGCUCUCCUGGAUCAGUCCAGCCUCCACAUGUCAUCUCCACUGUGGGAGCUGUACCCAUGAUGCCUGGCUGAAAGGCUCGCAGCAGUCUUCAUCCUCCAGCUAAACGCAGCGGGAUCGCACACUGACCCACAGCGUUGGUGCGGCUGCUUCCCUUCUUGGAGCGCGGCUCUGCGUAAUGGAUUUACGGGUGUCGGAGAAAAGUUGGAUUUUGUGAAGAGCCCUUCGUGGACCCCCUAAAAUGGACAGAAUAGGUGGGCGUUUUUAGAAAGGUGCUUUUGGGUUGGAAUCACACCGUGAGAGGAAAUGCACAGAGCGUGGAUACUCUUCUUUCUAAUAGAAGAGGGUUUCGCUCUGGCACAGAGAACUAAAGAUUCCCCAAGCGAACAUGGCGGCCAGAGCCCUAACCAGAACGACUGUGGCACGUGGGUCCGCAACAUCAAUGGCGGUGUGUUCACAUCGCCAAACUACCCCAACACCUACCCGCCCAACAAGGAGUGUGUUUACAUUCUGGAAGCUCUCCCAAGACAAAGGAUUCAGCUGGCUUUUGAUAAGAAUUACUACAUCGAGCCAUCAUUUGAGUGCCGCUUCGAUCAUAUCGAAAUCCGCGACGGGCCGUUUGGGUUCUCACCGCUCAUUGAUCGCUUCUGUGGGGGCAAGAACCCUGGCCUGGUUACAUCGACGGGACGUUUCAUGUGGAUCAAAUUCACCAGCGAUGAGGAGCUGGAAGGCCUUGGCUUCCGCAUCAAGUACACCUUCAUUGCAGACCCUGAUUUCCAUCUGCACGUGGGCGGACUGCUAAACCCCAUCCCAGACUGUCAGUUUGAAAUUGGCGGAUGGGAUGGAGUUAUUCGCUCCAGUCAGGUGGAGGAGGAAGAGAGAGUGAAGCCUGGUGAUGCUCUGGACUGCAUCUGGACCAUCAGGGCUCCUCCCCAGUCCAAGAUUUACCUGCGCUUCCUGGAGUACCAGAUGGAACACUCUAAUGAGUGCAAGAAGAACUUUGUGGCUGUGUACGAUGGCAGCAGUGCCAUCGAGAACCUCAAGGCCAAGUUCUGCAGCACCGUGGCCAAUGAUGUGAUGCUGGAUAACGGUGUAGGAGUUGUGCGGAUGUGGGCUGAUGAGAAGAGCCGACUCAGUCGAUUCCGCAUGCUCUUCACCUCAUUUGUUGAUCCCCCCUGUUCAGCCAAUACGUUCUUCUGCCACAGCAACAUGUGUAUUAAUAACUCCCUGGUGUGCAAUGGAGUUCAGAACUGUGUCUAUCCAUGGGAUGAAAACCACUGCAAAGAGAAGAGAUCCAAGGGACUUUUUCAUCAGAUCACUAAGACCCAUGGCACCGUGAUUGGUGUCUCAUCAGGCAUAGUGCUGGUUCUUCUUAUCAUCUCCAUCCUGGUCCAGAUGAAGCAGCCGAGGAAAAAGGUUGUGGCUCGCCGGCCCGGUGUUUUCAACAAGGCGGGCUUCCAGGAGGUCUUCGACCCGCCCCACUACGAGCUCUUCUCUCUGCGAGACAAGGAGAUAUCAUCAGAUUUAGCCGACCUGUCUGAGGAGCUGGACAGCUUCCACAAGCUGCGGCGCUCCUCCACCAUGUCCCGCUGUGUCCACGAGCACCACUGCGGCUCACAGGCCUCGGUGGCUACAGGUGGCGGCAGUAUGAAGCACAGCCGCACCACCCUGAGCUCCAUGGAGCUGUCGUACCACAAUGACUUCUCCAAGCCACCACCCAUGAAGACUUUCAACUCCACGGCCAGCUACAAGAAGAGCUGCUACGGCUACAAGCAGCACUCACAGACUCACGACUGCGACCAGCAGGUCAUCGAGGACCGCGUCACAGAGGAGAUCCCAUGUGAGAUCUAUGGGCGUGGAGGAGGAGUGGGAGGAGGGGCCACAGGUGGAGCAAUGGGAGGAGGAGGACCAUCAGGGAUUGCAGGAGGAGGGAUUGGAGGAGCGGUGGGAAUAACGGGAGGAGUGGCGAUGGCAGGGGGAAUGGGUAUGCCGGGAGGAGUGGGCAUGGCGGGGCCUAGUGGCAUCGCUGGAGGUAUCGGUGGCGGGAUGGCAGGAGCCUGCGGAACCCUCAGUGUCCGUGGCAACAGCGCUCGUAACAGUACCACUAUAGUUGACCCACAACAGCGCUCCAUGUCCAUGGACUUCUAGAUGACGAAGGAGGGAGGGAAAAGAGAACAGGAGUGCAGAAAGAGCUCGCAUUUCACUCAUGGAAAGAAGAGAAGGAAGAAGAGAAGACAGGAGAGUCACAAUAAUCUUAAACGGAUCACUCCUCUUCCCUCUUCUGCCUCUGCUUUCAAAGCAGUAUGAAAAAUAUUGCACAUAAGGAUCUUCUCCCCUCAAAGUCUCCUCUGAAGGUUUGGGAUUGUGGCAGAUAAGAAGCAAGGAUCUAAAAGAGGAAACGAACAGAAAAUGUUGGUUGUUUUCUUCGGGAUGCUGAAGGCUGAAGGAUGAGGGGAGGGUGGAGACACCUCGUCUCUCCUCCUGUCUUAUACUCAUUUAAUCUCCCCUUUCACAAGACACUUAUGAGAAGAGGGUUCUCGCAUGCAGACCCUGACUUCCCUCUGAUUGGUAGCCUAGAAGACCAGGUGACCACUCAGAAACAAGGAGAGACAAAGAUGAAGAGAUGUCCUAGACUGAGUUUCUACAUUUAUUCACCUGCCAUGCACAGAUAUAUGAUAUAUAGUGCGUCCUCUAAUGAUUUGAGUCUUUAUUUUUGUCAGUGUACUGUACUGUUAAAACCAGUAUAUAUCCAGCCUCAUGAUGAUGCUUGGCUUUUAACUCUUUAAUCUUUUUCAAAUGUUGCUCAGAUGAUUUUAUGAAGAUGACCUGUCCACGACAUAUGGUGUAGAUGAUGAUGAUGGUGAACUUUCUGUUGUUGAUGAUGAUGAGAAAAAUAAUGAUGACAAUGUUAAUGAUGUGAUCUAUAAUCUGUAUUUUUCAUGGUUACCUCACACAUACACAGACGGUAUGCUCCAUUCAGUCUCUCCUCAGGAAGAGCACAUGAAGAGACUAUCUUAUUUUGGUAAGAAAUAGAGAAAAAAAAGUCUAUUUCUAUUUCUUAUAGGAUAUGGGCAUUCAGGCUUUGAGUGAUCGUUUAUGGAAUAUGACAUGUUUGGCUGUGACCUGGACUGAAUCAAAAUAGAAACCAUCCCACUCCCAAACCCCACCCUUACCAGAAGAAAAUGUAAUUUCUCAAUUUCCCCAUGAACUGAGUGUGUAAAACAAGCACAACCUGUUUCCCUAAAGAGACAGACAUGUAGCCUAUAUGGGACUCAUUUAUGAUUUUAACCACUGGUUGUAUAAUUUCAUUCUGUUGAAUUAAA